CCCAUUUAUAAUUUGACUUUAGAGAAGCGAAGGCAGGAAAAAAGAAAGCGUGGAGUGAGCGGUGUGCGGAUACGAACUGUGGUGUCUUAAUCUCGCACACAGAAAAGACGAGAGUUAGCCUCCACUUUCCCCUGAAAAAACGAAAGGGUUUUUAAAGCAACAGCAAUAGCAGAGCAGCAUUGUGUGAGAUCAAAGUGGUAUCAAAAAACGGAAAAUACUCUGAGGUAAGCUGUACGUUCCCUUUUGCUUUUGUUUUUAACAAUAAAAGGAAAUUCUGGUAUCAAAACCUUUAUUUCUGGUUCUAGCAAAACGGGUAAGCUGAAAGCUUGCCUUUUUCUAGCAUGUAUCUGCAACUAUGGCUGCUUCCACAAAAACUUACAUAAAGCACCCGUCUUUACUCUCGCUUCGUUGGUUUAUGUGAGACCAUAUGUUUAUUCUUCUUCUUCUUACUCCAUAGAUUUGUGCAUGUGAGGUGGGUUCACUUUCUUUCUCUAGUUUACAUUUUUUGGGUGAUCAUUCCAAUGACGCUUCUCCCUCCUCUAUGCACAUGAAAAAGCUCUUUUUUUUUGUUCUUCAAGGGUUGAUGUAAAUUUCAAGUCUUGGGUUUCGUCGAGCUUAACUGGGAGAGUUGCCAUUGGGUUACGUUAUGUGUCUUGAAAAUAGCAAGUUUUCUCCCUUACCCAUGUUUUAAAAACUGAAAAUUUUUCGUUUGAUGAAAUAUUUCUCUGGGGUUGCCUCAGAUUUUGGUUUUUUUUUUGCUGAAGUUUGGUCCUUUCUUCUUAUAUGGCUAUCCAAUUCCUGAUUUUCUCUUUUUGUUAUCUACUUUUUUAAUACGUUGUAUUUCAAUUUUGCAAAAUCUGUGGGGAGGUUCUUGUUGUCUUCUGCUGUGGUGGUUUCUUAAACUUUGAACACCAAGAUGCUGUUUUCCAUUGCAGGUGCUUUCAAUGCUUAUAUGUAUUUAAAAAUAAACGCACAAAUCACGCUGGAUAUAUACAUGUGAUUUCUAUAUGAGGUGGAUCUUUGGAACUUUAUACCACCAAUUGCAGGUUUAUUUAUUUAUUUAUUUUUUAUUUAAUAAUAUUUUAAGAUUUGGAAUUUUUGGUGCUGGAAAGAAACGAGAUUAAAGAGCAUUAUAAUAAUGUAGGUGAGAAAAGGUAAUAAGACAAUCGCGUUUCUGCUUUGGAGAAUAAUUUUUAAUUUAGUCUUGAGAAUCUUCCGGUUAUGUCUCUGGACCUGACUCGUUUACCCAUGGUCAAGGAAAUAAUUUUUCUUUCUCUGUCUUUCAUCCCAUUAAAGUCAAUAAUUUUUUUGAAGAUAAAACCAAUCUAGUCAUUUUUUGUAUUUUUUUGUUUGUACAAAACAGUUGCAUUUAAUUUUUCUCUUCGAUUCUCCCUUUGUUUACCUGUAAAGUUUCCUCUGCAUUUAUCAAUUUUAAAUAUUGGGUCAUUCAAAGAAUUACAUUUAGACAUUUGAGUUUUUCAGUAAUGUCCAUAGAAUUAUUUGAUUUUACAGUUACAGGUUGAGUAAUAUUAGAGUAUAUGACUGAAUGUUUCACGGAAGAGAAUAAUCUUAGAGCUUGCAAAUAUGAAGUUCAUGAAACUUGGAUCCAAACCUGACUGCUUUGAAUCAGAAGGAAAUAACACCAGAUAUGUUGCUUCUGAGUUGGCCUCCGACAUCGUUAUUUUCGUAGGAGAUGUGAAGUUUUACUUGCAUAAGUUCCCUCUUCUCUCCAAGAGUGCUCGAUUGCAAAAACUGGUUACAAACUCAAAUGAGGGGCCUGGCGAUGAGGUUUAUAUCCAUGACAUCCCAGGUGGGCCCACCGCAUUCGAAAUAUGCGCCAAAUUCUGUUACGGUGUGGCCGUCACGCUGAACGCCCACAACGUGAUUUCAGCACGUUGUGCUGCUGAAUACCUGGAAAUGAGCGAAGAUGUCGAAAAAGGAAAUCUGAUGUACAAGAUUGAUGUUUUCUUGAACUCAAGCAUUCUUAGAAGCUGGAAAGAUUCCAUUAUUUGCCUCCAGACAACAAACUCUCUCCUACCCAUGUCUGAGGAGCUGAAGUUGGUCAGCCAUUGCAUUGAGGCUAUAGCUUCGAAGGCAUCUACUGAUCCUUCAAAGGUGGAUUGGUCCUAUAUGUACAACAGGGAAAAGGUUGAUUCUUUAAGAGCACGCAGGAUGGUGCCGAAGGAUUGGUGGGUUGAUGACUUGUGUGAACUUGAAGUGGACCUAUAUGAGCGUGUUAUAAAUUCUAUCAAGAACAAAGGGAUCAUUUCCGAUAAAGUCGUUGGAGAAGCUCUGAAAGCUUAUGCUUCAAGAAGGCUCCAGAAGAAUAAUGGUGAUGCUCAGUCGAUUUUGGACACCAUAGUGUGGCUUCUACCUGCUAAGAAAGGUAGUGUGACCUGUGGGUUUAUGCUCAAAUUGCUGAAACUGUCCCUUUCACUUGAUGAUUCUGGCGGGCCAACUACUGGUGAACUGGUUAAAAGAAUUGGACAUCAACUCGAGGAGGCAUCCGUGAUUGAUCUUCUUUCUCUUAGGGCCUCAGACGUUGUGAAGGAAAUAGUGAAGGAGUUUAUGUUGCGUGGCCGUGGCCCAUCGGGAGAAACUGGGAACGAGAUAUAUGAAGUUGGAAAGCCGCCUGUGGGGUAUUUAUCAGAAGCUUCAAAAGUGAGGGUGGCAAAUUUAAUAGAUGGGUACCUUGCUGGAAUUUCAGAAGAAGAUCCUAACCUUCAACUGUCGACUUUUAUUGGGUUGGCUGAGAUGGUCUCAGGUUUUCCCCGCCCUUCUCAUGAUGGACUUUACCAUGCUAUAGACAUUUACCUCAAGAAACACCCGGGGAUGAGCAAGAGCGAGCGGAAGAGAAUAUGCAAACUGAUGGACUGCAAAAAGCUCUCGGCAGAAGCCUGCAAGCAUGCUGUCCAGAACGAGAGACUUCCGAUGCGUGUGGUUGUGCAGGUCCUGUUUUUCGAGCAGGCGAGGGCAAAUUCGUCUUGCGGAUGCACAACUCCUGAUCUACCCAAAACUACUACCAACACCUCCUGUGGGGGGAGCUCAAGAUCCGUUGAGACAAGUAACACUGAAGAAGAAUGGGGCGCUGCUGGUGAUGAGCUUAAAGGCUUGAGAGUAAAAAAUGCGGGGCACGCUGAUAAUAAGGCCAAAAUGAAAGGGUUGUUGACGUCUAACCGGAUCUUCUCUAAAAUGUUGAGGUCAAGUAAACGUGGCGGUGUUGGACUGGGGGAGAACAGUGGGUCUGAUUCAUCUGAUAGUCUUGUCUCUUCCACUAACAUGGAUGAAGCAAAAUCAACACUUGUAAGAAGGGGCAGGCAUUCAGUUUCCUAGGGUAGUUCAUGAAUGAUCAACAACUAACUUUUUUAGGAGGGUAUUCAGUUUUUUUUUGUUCUGGCAUGUGCAAGAAACUUGAUUUAAGAUGAAGAAAACAUAUUAGUUAGCUGUUGGAGGCUCCCUCCAAGUUUUCCAUUCAUUGUUUAACAGCUAAACUUUGAUGUACAAAGAGAUAUCCAACUUUUUACUUUUUAGCUCUUUUGCCUCUGUUAUUAUACUUGAGAGUUGGGAUCUAUUCGGGAUUUCCAGAGCUAGCCCAGAACUCGAUGAGAAAAAAG